UCGCCGCGCUCUUUGUUGUUGUUCUGUCGGCAUGCUGCCUUAACACAAACAGUUAGAAACGUUUCUUUUAAGAGAAAAAUACAGUUUCUUAAUCAGAUCAGUAAAUAGGCGUACAUGUAAUAUUUUCAUCUUCACAGUCGUCUAAGUUUUGAAUCACGCAGGAAUAUCUGGAGGAGUAUCAGCUGAACUGAGAUCUGCUGCUGUGAAAAUGAUGUUUGUUAAAGAGGAGAGAGAAGAGGACACGAGUGAACCAGAAACCUGGAGAAUAAAACACGAGGAACCAGGAACAUGGGGAAUAAAACCAGAGGAACAAGAAACCUGGAGAAUAAAACACGAGGAACAAGAAACCUGGGGAAUAAAAUUUGAGGAACCAGAAAAAUGCGGAAAAGAAGACGAGGGACCAGAAACCGUGAGAAUAAAACACGAGGAACCAGAAACAUGGAGCAUAAAACCAGAGGAACCAGACACCUGGGGAAUAAAACACGAGGAACCAGAAACCGUGAGAAUAAAACACGAGGAACCAGAAACCUGGAGAAUAAAACAAGAGGAACCAGAAACCUGGAGAAUAAAACAAGAGGAACCAGAAAGAGAGUUAAUUGAAGAAAAAGAGGAGAAUGAAGAAUCAAGUGAAGUUGAGGAAAAAAAUCACGUCAAAACUGAUGGAACACCUUUGAGUUUCUCUCAAAGCAAACAGAAAGAUUUAAAGAAAAAAAGAGCAAAGAAGUCCUUCAGCUGCACUCAGUGUGGAAAGAGAUUCACACACAAAACCGGUUUUGAGUGUCACAUGAGAGUUCAUGCUGGAGAGAAACCAUUCACUUGUGAUCAGUGUGGGAAGAGUUUCACACAAUCAUCAAACCUUAAUAUACACAGGAACAUCCACACUGCAGAGAAGAAGCACGCAUGUGUUCAAUGCGGUAAAAUGUUUUUAUGGGUUUCACUUCUGAAGAAACACUUGAAAGUUCAUGCAAAGGAGAAACCACAUCCAUGUUAUUUGUGUAGUAAGAGUUUUUUGCCUCUACAAAGUUUGAAAGUACAUCAGAAAAUACAUACUGGUAAAAGAGGGUACAUGUGCUUUGAGUGUGAAAAGACUUUUAGUUCAGCAAGCAGUUUAAAAAUGCAUGAGAGGAUUCACACUGGAGAGAAACCAUAUAAGUGUGCACACUGUGACAAGAGAUUCAGUAAAUUAUCAGGUCAGAAAAUACAUGAGAGGAUUCACACGGGAGAGAAACCAUAUAAGUGUGCACACUGUGACAAGACAUUCAAUGAUUCAUCAUCUCUGAAAAUGCAUGAGAGGAUUCACACUGGAGAGAAACAUUAUAAGUGUGCACACUGUGACAAGACAUUCAAUGAUUCAUCAUCUCUGAUAACGCAUGAGAGGAUUCACAUUGGAGAGAAAUAUUAUAAGUGUGCACGCUGUGACAAGAGAUUCAAUGAUUCUUCAUCUCUGAAAACGCAUAAGAGGAUUCACAUUGGAGAGAAACCUUAUAAGUGUGCACACUGUGACAAGAGAUUCAGUGUGUCAUCAUAUCUGAAAACACAUGAGAGGAUCCACACUGUAGAGAAACCUUAUAAGUGUUCACACUGUGACAAGAGAUUCAUUAAAUCAUCAGGUCAGAAAACACAUGAGAGGAUUCACACUGGAGAGAAACCUUAUAAGUGUUCACACUGUGACUGGAGAUUCAGUGUGUCAUCAAGUCUGAAAAUACAUGAGAGGAUUCACACUGGAGAGAAACCAUAUAAGUGUUCACACUGUGACAAGAGAUUCAGUGAUUCGACACAUCUGAAAACACAUGAGAGGAUUCACACCAAUGAAACCAAAUAAGUAAAUGUACUGCAUUUAUAUAGCGCUUUCAACAGAUCCCAUGGCCAUCCAAAGCGCUUUACAAGUUGCCUCACAUCUACCCAUUCACUCACUCAUUCAUACACCGACUGAGGUGUCAGCCAUUCAAGGCACCAUCCAGUUUGCCGGGAGCAGCUGGGGUUAGGUGUCUUGAUCAAGGACAUGUCAACACUUGGUGGAACCAGAAACCUGCAGAAUAAAACACUAGGAGCCAGAAACCUGCAGCAUAAAACACGAGGAGCCAGAAACCUGCAGAAUAAAACAAGAGGAACUAGAAACCUGCAGAAUAAAACACUAGGAGCCAGAAAUCUGCAGAAUAAAACACGAGGAGCCAGAAACCUGCAGCAUAAAACAAGAGGAACCAGAAACCUGCAGAAUAAAACACUAGGAGACAGAAACCUGCAGAAUAAAACACGAGGAGCCAGAAACCUGCAGCAUAAAACAAGAGGAACCAGAAACCUGCAGCAUAAAACACUAGGAGACAGAAACCUGCAGAAUAAAACACGAGGAGCCAGAAACCUGCAGCAUAAAACACGAGGAGCCAGAAACCUGCAGCAUAAAACACGAGGAGCCAGAAACCUGCAGCAUAAAACACGAGGAACCAGAGACCUGGAGAAUAAAACA